AUGAAAUUUGAUAUUUUGUCUGUAUUUAUAUUACUGUACUGCACUGCCCUUUGCAAUGUUAACGGGUUUCCUUACGACUUUAGCUACAAUGCUAGGUAAGUUACAAGUCAAAAAUGGCAAGGACUUCCUUUACAAAACAAAAAACGGCAAGAACUUUCUUUAAAAAACAUAAAAUGGCAAGAACUUUCUUUACAAAAGAAAAAAUGGCAAGAACUUUCUUUACAAAUCAAAAAUGGCAAGAACUUUCUUUACAAACCAAAAAUGGCAAGAACUUUCUUUACAGGUCAAAAAAAUCAUUUUAAAUUGAUUGAUGUUUCAGGAAUUGGGCGUUAGCUACGCCAGUGAUGAGUCCAUUCCCAAUGAGCCCAGUCAAUAGUCGUGCCCCGACUUGGUCGUUCUUGUACAACAAUUAUGUUAAUGAUGAGCGGUAUAUCAACGUGUAG